AUGAAACUACUUGUAUUUUUGACCUUAAUUUCUUUAGUUAUAUCCAUAAAUGUGGAGGAGAAAUGGGGUGGAUUAUGGCCUUUUCAAGGAAUCGCUACGUUUGCACAUCUAGAACAUUUCCAAUGCUUGAUUGAAUCAGAAAAACAAUUUGACAUAGGGAUAAUUGGUGUACCAUUUGAUACUGCUGUUUCUUAUAGACCAGGGGCACGUUUUGGGCCUCGAGCAAUUAGAGAUGCUUCUCAAAGACAAAACAAUUUACGUGGAUUCAACCCUAAAGCAUUGUUUGAUCCUUAUCAAUCAUGGGCCAAAAUAAUAGAUUGUGGGGAUAUCCCAGUGACACCAAUGGAUAAUUCUGCUGCCUAUAAACAAAUGAGUGAAGCAUUUAAAGACUUGACGAAUAAAAAAUCAUUGAAUAACACUGAAAUUCCUCCAAGGUAUAUCGCCUUGGGUGGUGACCAUUCGGUGUUAUUACCACAUCUUCGUGCGUUGCAUAGGAUCUAUGGACCACUUAAUGUUAUUCAUUUUGACGCCCAUUUAGAUACGUGGAAACCAAACAAAUAUCCUACAUCUGAAAAGAAUGACAUUAAUCAUGGGUCAAUGUUGUGGAAGGCAUACGAAGAAGGAUUAACUACUAAACACAACAUUCAUGUUGGUGUACGCACAAGGCUUUCAGGAUUAGAAGAUUUGCAAGAUGAUGAUGAACAGAACUUUGUCAGAAUUGAAGCUGAUGAUAUAUGGUUAAAAGGACCGCAAUGGGUGGUUGAUAAGAUUUUGACGACUAUUCCAAAAGACACGGCCACUUAUAUUUCAGUUGAUGUUGAUGUUUUAGAUCCAGGGUUUACAAGUGGUACUGGGACACAAGAACCCGGUGGAUUUUUACCAAGAGAGUUGAUAUAUUUAUUGAGAAGUAUAGAGGGUUUGACAGUUGUUGGGGCAGAUGUUGUUGAAGUUUCUCCAGCUUAUGAUAUUGCCGAAAUCACAGCUACUAAUGGUGCUCAAAUCGCAUAUGAAAUAUUAACUAGUAUGGUGAAAAGGGGGAAUGUAGAUAAAUCGUUGGUUAAACUGGUCGUUCACGUUUUUGAUUAG